CAAAGCUAAAUUGGAUCGACAAGAAAGUAAGAAACUUGUAAUCGAAUUGGAAUUGUUAUUGCAUUCAAAAUGGUAUUAUCAAAACCAUAUCAGAUUUAUCUCCUGUUUGUUACACUAAUAAUAACUCAUUGUAUAUCAUAUGCACGCGUAGAAUCGUGUACUUUCUUCGUUACUAACAAAUGCCCGUUUAACAUAUGGCCCGCAACCGCACCCAACGUCGGGCAUCCGGUAGUGGCAAAUGGCGGCUUCUAUCUUCCGUCGGGAAAAACUAGAAGCUUCCAAGUGCCCGGAGAUUGGAGCGGUCGUGUAUGGGCAAGAACGGGAUGCGACUUUGACUCCAAUCACAGGACUUUAUGUGAGACUGGCGAUUGUGAUGGAAAACUCGAAUGUUGUGGAAGCAUCGGCCUCCCGCCAGCUACAUUGGUGGAGAUAACAUUAGAGGUUGACCAGGGCAGGCCAAGUUCCUACGACGUGAGCUUGGUGGACGGGUACAACCUGCCCGUCUCCGUUUCAACGACGCGGUCUUCGCCGGAAUGCUACAUCGGCGGCUGUUCAAAGAACCCGAAUGAUGCUUCCGUCUGCCCGCCGGAGCUCCGAGUACUGAACAACGCCGGCAAAGUCGUGGCGUGCAAAAGCGCGUGUUUGGCUUUCAACGCCGACCCGUUUUGUUGCCGGAACGAGUACGGAAGUCCGGACAAAUGCAGGCCGACGUUGUACUCGAAGAUCUUUAAGAAUGCUUGCCCCUCCUACGUUAGCUACGCCUAUGAUAGGCCUUCUCCGGCGGUCAACUGCUGGUCAGACAAGUAUUGGUUUACUUUCUGCCCCGACAAACUCCGUACCGGCGGCUCAUCAACUUAAUUAGUCCAAGCUACAUGAUAUGCAUCCGUUAAUUGACAUCCAUAUAUGACUAUAUGAGGAAAUUACUUAAUUAAGGAACAAAUAUUUUCAAUAGGAACAAAUAAGUCUCAAGUCUUAUAUACGUAGUAUUUGAAUAAAAUAGAGUAUAACUAGUCAUAUUUAUGCAUGUGGAUUUUAUAGUUCUUGGUGUGGUUAAGACUUAUUUCCAUUAAUUUGUAUUCCAAACACCUAUUUUAUUUAAGUUCAAUAUAAUGGACGCAG